AAUUAUAAUAAAAAAAUAAGAUAUGGUCGUCGUGAAAUUAACGACAGAAAUUAAAAUCCGACCGUUGUUUGAGUUCAUCUUCUUCUUGCCCGAAACAGAACUAACUCACAUUCCCAAAAAAGCUUCCUUUUUUUUUUCUUUGUCUACACAAAACCUAGAGAGAAAACAGUUGAUCUUGCUCUUCUCUUGGACGACCAAAGAUGUUGGGAGAUUACGAUAUAACGGAGGAAGACAUGGUCAUCGAUGAAGCUCAAGGCUACCCUUUAGCUUACGCGAAGAUCUGUCGCGAUUUCAAUACUUAUCCGUACAGAAACGGACCUCCUUUCACCUUCACACCCUACAUUCUUCAGCAGAACGAGAUGUCAAGAUGCAGAGAAGCAGAUCAGAUGUUCCCUGUAAUAGAUCCGAAAGCAAGACCAACUACAAAACCAAAAAUCUUCUUAAGUCUACUCUGGAAACAACUCAAUCAUCUAGGAAAUGCUGGGUUUGAUCCAGCUGUGAUACGGAUAGAUCCAUAUGGGAAUGUUGUCUACUUCCACGCUGAUUCAGCUUCUCCUCUCGCUUGGAGUUUUGAUCAUUGGUUCCCUUGCUCAAGAGGAGGUUUAACAGUAGCAAGCAACCUAAGGAUAGUGCAGUGGCAAGCACGCAAGAACAAGAAGGACAAACUCGAGUUCCUCGUCCCCUGGUGGGAUCUCCAGGUCGGCAUCUCGGUGAGCCAGUUCCUCUCCAUCUUCUCCUCCUCCGCUUCGAGCUCAGAUUUCAAGAAGAGAGCGUUUGCCUUCUUGUUCAAGGAAGGCGAAACCGAGGAGCUCAACGGCUCUCAAACAGUCGACUCCCAUCGUUUCCCAAACCAUUUCGUCGAGUCAAAAGACAAGUUCGGUGUCGCCUCGGCUGCAGUUGUUGCUGUCUCGCCUUAUGACCCUUCGUUGGUGCUGAGAUCGCUUGAUCACAACCGUCAGACACCUGCAGCGAGGAAGGUGAAGAAGGAGACUCCGUAUCAAGCCAUUGUUGCUGCUAGGGACUCGCUGAGACAACGAGAGGAAGUAGUGAGAGUGGAGAUGAGGAAGUUGGAUGAUGAAGUGAAUGAUUUGAAGAGGAAGAACGGUGAAGAGCAGGUUAGUAUUCAGGAGCUUGAGAGCGAGCUUGUUAAGCGGAGGAGAAGAGCUGAGAAGUGCAGGAGAGUGGCGGAAGCUCAGUGCUCUUAUAGGAACACGCUCGAGAAGAUGAUCCGUGAUGCUAUGCACCAGAGUGUUGUGUAUAAGGAGCAGGUGAGGUUGAACCAGGCGGCCAGUGGGGCACUGAUGGCGAGAUUAGAGGCGCAGAAGGCGAUUUGUGAUGGUUCAGAGAAGGAGCUUCACAAGAAGUUUAAAGAAAGGGAGGAGCUGGAGAGUCGAGUGAGGCCUGAAGUGGAGAAAGCAAGGAAAAGAACAAGACUCUUGAUGAAGGAUGAAGAUGACUUGUUGUUGCUGGAGGAUAGAGAUAAGAAGCUGUCUUUGUAUCUUCCUGGUACAAGUCAAGAUACGUCAAUACAAAAGGAGUUGAGAGUAUACCUUGAAGAAGAACAUUCCGAGGCUAAAACUCAGAAGCAUCAUGGGGAAAUAAAGGAAGUGGAAGAGGAGGAGGAGAAGAAUCAAGAGGUGUCUGAGAGAUCUCUUGUUAAGUUAGAAGAAGGGAAGAGAAGCAGCAGAAGCUUUAGAGCAUUACCUGUAUUCAAGGAACCAGAGAGUGAGGAGGAAGAUGAGGAAAGCAGGAGAGAGAGAGGGAAAGGGAACGUUGAGAAGUGGCUCCAUGUUUUACUGGAAAACAACAGUAAAGCUGAAAGAAGCAAAGAGAUUGAUGAGAUGAUAGAGAAACUAGACCACAAGUUCCCUCUACUUGAAAAGGUUAACGAAGAAGAAGAAGAAGAAGAAGAAGAUGUGGCUGCUGAGGAGGCCAAGAAGGUGGUGGAAACAAGAGGUGAAAGCAGCAGCUCACGUAGAAGCAGAACGAGUUUUGAUUUGAAGAACACACCGGAGAAGAGCGGGAGAGAUAAAGUGGUGAAGAGAUCAGAGAGUGCUAGAGUUUUCAGAAGGAUUCCAUCAUCACCUUCACUCUUCUUUGGUAGAAUGAAAAAGGGAAAUGACCUCGUCAGGAAGAAGCCAGUGGUGGUUUCAGGUCAGGACGAUGAGAACGAGUAUCUCGUUAAGAACAACUUCAUCAAGUCAUCUUUCCAAACAAUCAAACGAGCUGUCAAGUUCUAGACCAAUGUAUUAUGUCUUCAUAAUAUUGCAUUUGUUCUAUUAUUGUGUGAUCAAAUAUUGUUUUUGUGUGUGUAUAAAAAGACUUCCCUCAUUGUUUUGCUCUCCUUCAUGUGUAAUAAUAACAGCUUGUUGUGUUGUUUUUUCAUUAAUAGUUAUCAAAGUCAAGUCUCUUCUUA